ACAUCACCACCACCUCCCUGCCUAUCAGCACCAUAUGCUGGGACUUUGGCGAUGGCUCUCCCAAGCUGGACAUGGCUGGUCCUGCUGCCACCCAUCGAUAUGUGCUGCCCGGACACUAUCAUGUGAUGGCAGUACUGGCCUUAGGGGCAGGCUCAGCCACACUGGAGACAGAGGUGAAAGUAGAGGUGGCACCUGCUGCCCUGGAGCUCGUGUGCCCGUCCUCUGUGCACAGAGAUGCAAGCCUUGAGUUGGGUAUCCGGAACCGUGGAGGCUCAGACCUUGAGGCUACCUACAGCAUCCUAGCCUUGGACGAGGAGCCAGUCCAAGUGGUGCACCCGCUCUGCCCCUCGGACACGGAGAUCUUCCCUGGCAAUGGGCACUGCUACCGCCUGGUGGCAGAGAAGGCGCCUUGGCUGCAGGCACAGGAGCAAUGCCGGGCCUGGGCUGGGGCCGCCCUGGCCAUGGUGGACAGUCCUGCAAUCCAGCACUUCCUGGUCUCCCAGGUUACCAGGAGCCUGGAUGUGUGGAUUGGCUUCUCAGCUGUGGAGGGGCCAGAGGCAGGCCUGGCACCCCAGGGAGAGGCCUUCAACCUGGAGAGCUGUCAAAACUGGCUGCCUGGGGAGCCACACCCAGCCACGGCUGAGCACUGUGUGUGGCUGGGGCCUGCCGGACAGUGCAACACAGACCUGUGCUCAGCACCACAUAGCUACGUCUGUGAGCUGCGGCCUGGAGGCCCCGUGUGGAAUGCUGAGAACUUCCUCAUGGGAGUGCCUGAUGGGGGCCUGCAGGGGCCCCUGAUUCUGCUGACACCACAGGAAGGCCUCGUGCCACCCCAGCAUCCCGUGGAGGUCAUGGUGUUCUCUGGCUUGAGCCCAAGCCGUGAAGCCUUCCUCACUACAGCUGAGUUUGAGACCCAGGAGCUUGAAGAGCCUGCCCAGUUACGGCUUCAGGUGUACCGGCCUUCAGGAGGGGCAGGGACUCCAGAAAACAGAAGUGAGCCAGUCAAUAGGACUGAGCCACCCCCCAGGUGUAUGCUAGAGGGAUGCUGGUGUCCUGGUGCCAAUCUCUGUAUGCCUCUGGAUGCUGCCUGCCACCUUCAGGCCUGUGCCAAUGAGUCCAUGUUGGAGCCUGGGCUCCCCAGAGCCACUUAUGCUCUGUGGAAAGAAUUUCUUUUCUUUGUGCCUGCAGGGCCCCCCACGCAGUAUUCGGUAUGUGUCCCUAAUCUGCCUGUCAGCCUCUGAGCAGCUCCCCAGUCCUUCCUCUCAGCUGCCCAAAGACCUGGUCUCCCACCAAGCGGAGAGAACAUGACACCUCUGAACAGCCCAGCACCUCCCCUCAUCUCCUUCAUGUCCCUGCCCACUGAUACCGAGUGCCUUUACUUGGCUCCCCAUGCAAGAAGCACCUGCCUAGCUGUGUCUUCUAAAGGAGGAGGCCCUCCUUUAACAUGGUAGCGUCUUUCCAGCUUUUGAGUCCUCUGAGAAGGGCCUUUCCACCUGAGGCAGCCCAACUUGGCUGUACCCUCUCUGGGAUCCUGUAGCCUUUAUCUGCCUGCCUUUUUGUUUGUUUGAGACAGGGUCUCACUAUGUAGUUGAGACUGACCUGGAAC